CAUUGCCUCUGGUUUGCUUUAGUUAGUGUGUGAUCGACUGAGGGAGUUAGGGUAAAUGAGCCGUCCAAAACAGUACACAUAGCCAUUGUCAAAUAUGAACACCGUCACCAUCACCUUGUUCCGGAAUGAUGGGACUUUGGAAACUUCCACCGCGAAGUCGUUUACUUACUUUAAAACGAUUAAUUUUUCCAGCUUGAAUGUCCAAUGCUUUGAGCGCCUCUAUGAAAUACCAGCGCAAGGCAACGAGAUACUGUACCACCAUACAGGUGCCCGCAUCUUCGCCACCAACGAAUUAUCAUACGGUGACUCAGUGGUGGUCAGUGGAGGCGAGAUAUUUUCACCACUCAAGUUUGUAUCGCAAAUGCCAAGUUGGGCCCAGACGGACGAUGUCAACAGAAUUCUAGAGGAUGUGUACAGUGAUCAACAGAAGCAUAGGGGCUCGUACGUGGGCAGCCAGAGCAUGCCUGGCUUAGUGAUGGAGGGUCUGCGAGGAGUAUAUCCGCCUGAAAUUGACCUGCCUUCGCACUUUUCGACAAUGGUUAAUGACGUCAGUAGGGCAAAUUAUCCCUUGAUACGUCAUGCAAAUCAACAACAACAGUUACCUGGCAUGUCUUCUGACAAUAACGUCGACCAGCAACAACAAUUACCAAAAACACAAAGCAAUUUGUCAGAGCUAUUUGGGAAUAUAUAUCUUCCAACCAUCAAUGUUAAUUCUUCAGGCCUCGGCUCUGGUAUAACCAAUACAAAUGCAAUGAAUGGAAAAUACAACACAGCCAGUCCCAAUAGCAUGGACAGUAACCCACGGACUUCGCAACAACUCGAUCUUUUUUCACCGCGCCGAGAGGGUUCUUCAUCCAGUAUAAAUAUACCAAGCCCGCAUUCAAGCAUGAACAAUGUGAGCCCUACCAUGAACAAAGGGGGCCCCAGUAUAUUACCACUACCAGCAAGCCUCUCCCACUCAUCAUUUGCACCACAAGGACAAGGCUUGGUAAGCAAUAGUAUGAUGAAUCAACCAGCGCAAGCAAUCAGUGCCAACGGAUUGAGGACACAUAUCAGUCCGCAUCAGGCCAAUCCCCCCUUGCAAAACUUGCAACAAAUGCCUGAGGCACCGCGCACUAGUGUUUCCAGCAUUGCGUCGCGGUUAGAGUCGUCGAAAACGCGCACAACCGGCCUUGCAAAGUCCGGUAGUUCAGGUGAUCUGAGUUACAAGGGAGGCAUACCGGAUCGCAUCAGCAGUCACAAAGCGGCAGAACGGCGCAGCAGGGCGAAGUUAAAGGAUUCCUUGAAAAGUCUGUGUCUUUCUAUUCCAGCUCUUCGUGAGGUUCACAACCCAUCUAAGGCAGUCAUUAUGCAGCAAGCAUCCGAGUAUAUCAAGAACACCGUGGACAGCCUUGAAGAGGUUAAAAGUGUAGCUGAGAAAGAUAAAGAAGAGAAAGUGCAACUGGCCGCUGCCAAGGCCAGUGUUGAGCUUCAACUGGAAGCGGCGUCUAUUACAACCGUAGAGAUCACUGACUCGGAAGAACGCGUUGUAUUCGUCGAUCAUAUGUGGGAGAUUGUGAUGGGCUACAGUAGAGCGGAGGUUGUUGGAAGCCUCAUUCACAGUAUUGUGGAUUGCUCCUCGUGCCCAUUCAUGUCCGCCCGCGGGCAAAGUAUCAAGGCAGCAUUGGCUAACGGCGAGGAUUGGAAAGGUGUUAUGCUCGGAUCUAGGAGGGAUGGACAGUCUUUUGCAUGUGAAGCAACCACUACACCCAUCCCAGGGUGUGGUGGUUCCGGUUUCCAAUACCUGACACGAAGGAGGAAUUUUCACCUUCUGGCUACGGAUGAACAGGAAGAGCUCUGCUCUAAUCAGUUAUCUAAAACAAUCCAAUCGUCUGUACCAGUUGAUUCAGAGAGAGUCAGGCAAAUUAUACAGAAGGCCACAGAGAUGGCAAAAAAUACUAAGGUGAAACGGGAACCUUAGGAGGAAAUAUAAGUACAUAACAAAUAAGUAAACCUACGCAGGCAAUGUAUAAGAAUUUGUCGCUCUGGUUUCAAUUGAUAUGGUCGGUGUAUGGAUCCUUCGGCGAAAUUUGAAAAGAAAAACAGGUAUACAGUGAUACUCUAUUGCCGGAUUCCAGAGUCCUAUUGAUAUGCCGUUUCUUAGCUAUGUAAAAGAUCCACCGCGUAAGUAUUUUACCACGUCCGAGCUCUUUUGAGUUGGGAUACGUCAAUUUUAAAUGGUUUCAACACGCCCUCCGCCGUGGCAUUUCAGUUAUAACUAUUGUUGUAAAAGAAGUUAAAUUGGGAGACUGACGCUUCGCAGAGGGCUUCUUUGUUCAUCUUAUUAAAUAUUCUGAAGGUGGAACGGGAAAGAAAUAGUAGAGAUAUCAUAAUGGAUGUAUUGUGUAUGUCAUGGUCGUUGGAGUUGUCCGACCAAUUUAUCAUAUUCGCGCAUAUAUCGCUGAACGCUUAUGCGUAUUGUUUGAUCCUAAACACAGCCACUUGACAUGCACAAUUUCAUUUUGUACAGCGAUUCAUCUGCUUCGGGCCUCGUAUGAAAGUAACGAUGCAAAAUUGAAGUCUGAGUCGUUAUAGAUUCGAAUAACGAACUGUAUGCCUCGAGCUAAGAGCUAGUACUUUAAACUGUUCUCAUCGGGCUAGAAACUACCAGAAAUUCGCCAUUUUUGAAGAGCGUAACAUUUCGAAAUUCCUGUGCACAGUGGAUCGGUUUUAAUCGUCACAAUGGGUCUACAUGCUAUAAAUACAAAUUUACAUCCAGCAGGAUCCCAAUUCGAAG